AACGCGCCGCCUGUGACUAGGAACUCAACACGGCAGCCAUGGCAACACAUGGCCGCGGACAGCUGACAGCAGGAGUCAUGAAAGCGUUCACGUUAACAACUUUCUCAGCAGCCUUUCGGGCGUUUGCGUGAGAGAUAAGUUCACACGAGCGUGAGUGGUUCGCCCACCAUGUCCGGGGAGCGGGCGCCUUUGCCAGCCGAUGGGAACGGCCUGCUCCACGGGAGCCGCACAAGAUCUUACGGCAGUUUGGUCCGGUUUCCGCUCUCUCCGGUUCGCCAGAGACGAAUUGAACACAAAAUUCAGCCAGGAGAGACACUUCCAGGCCUGGCCCUGAAAUAUGGAGUCUCUAUGGAGCAAAUCAAAAGAGCCAACAGGCUGUACACCAAUGACUCAAUAUUCCUGAAGAAAUCUUUGUCAAUCCCUGUGCUGUCAGACGUGGACGACUGCAGUAACAGGCUGGAUGUGGCUGAAGAGGACGGCGAAGAAGACGAUGCUGGCUGUGCUGCUGCUCGAAAUGAGCACGCAGGUAGCUCCUAUGAGAAUCGGCAAAAUGACGGCGGGGAAAGGCCGUCCGACCUUACUCCAGUGGAUUUUUUGAAAAGGUUGGAUGACUUGAUAAAUCAGUCCAAGCAGGCAGCUGUCAAAGGAUGCCAGGAAGCAGAGAAGAGGGUUGCCGCUCUAGAAGCAGCUUGCAACAGCAGGACAUCAGACCGGCGGCCUCUUACAAGGUCACAGAGUGUCAUUUCAUCUUCCAGAAUGCAGCAGCAGCAGCAGGCAGCACACAGGGCAGUACCCCUCACCAUCACCAAACUCACCAAGAAACUGAGAGACAGGGAAGAUGAGAUCUUUGAGCUAUGACAUGUUUUUUUUUUUCUUCUGCUGUCUCACUUUGAUCAUUAAAGAAACUUUCCCAGAAAGCCAUGUCGCUGGGUUCGGCCUCCCAGACAGUAGAGCAUGACAGAUAAAGGAAUAGAUUACGUGUGAUUCCCCCUGCUGCUCUACGAUCCUGAAGCUUAAAAAUUUAUCCGUAAUAUCAUAUAAUAUAUACAUUGUAAUAGUAAGUUACACUGUCUUUUAACAAGUCAUUGUAAAUGAAUAUUGCACUUUUGUAGCCGUGUUAUUUAUUUGUUGAGAUAUAAUGUAGGUUUUGAAUAUCUUCAUGUGACCCAUAGCUGUGUGUUUUUUAGAGUUUGAUUUCACAUAAGAGCGUGAAAUGUUCCAAAUGAGAAUAUUCAGUCACAUGUUGGUUUAGUCAUAUGACUGUUCAUAUGGUCAACGCAGCACGUGGUUGUGUGUAAUGCUACCUCACAGCCUGAAGAGAGACAUGUUUUUUUAGAAUAUAUUUUCACACCAAGGUUUUUAAUUGUUUGUUAUGGGAAUGUUUAUGGUUCAUUUAAAUUUUUGU